AUGCGGCAAAGAACUGGAGAGAGUUUGCGUCGCAAGAGACGUCGAGAGGGUUUGAGGCGGCAGAGAUGUCGAAUGCGUUUGAGAAGGAAGAGAGGUGGAGAGCGUUAUAGGUGGGAGAGAGGUGGAGAGCGUUUGUGGAGGCAGAGCGAGGGAGAGCGUUUGAGGCGGCGGCAGAGAGAUAUGGUUAAGACACGAGGAAAUUUAUCUAGGCGUGGUUCAAAUGAUGCACCUGAGAGUUCCACACAGGGUGGUGCACGCAAGAGACCGACAACUUCGGCUCGUAGAAAGGGUCAGCAUGAGGCUAAUGUUGUUGAGGAUGAUAUUGUUGAGAAUGAGGUUUCCGACGUUCCUCAGGAGGACGAGCAGGGGAUUGAUAACGAUGGUGGAGGAUUUCCUGGUGGUCCAUAUGAUACAUCUUUAUUGACUCGGUACGAGGAUCAUGUUGCACGCAUGAUAUGGGAUGGUCAGAAAUUAGGACGUCCUCACCCUUCUGUUGCACCUUUUGUGUUAGCUUCUGGAUUAUCGCCUCUGUGCGAUAUUUUAUAUGAAUAUAUCGAUCUUGGGUUAGUAUUGGGUUUCGUGGAGAGAUGGCAUCCCGAGACUAAUAUUUUUCAUCUACCCAUUGGGGAGAUGACGAUCACUUUAGAUGGCGUAUGGUUACUUCUCCAUCUUCUCAUCAGUGGAAACUUUUGCUCGACUGAAAAUCUGGAAUAUGAAGAUUCAAUUGAGAUUUUGACGACACUUCUUGGUGUUGACCGGGCCAUGGCUUGUGUGGAGCUGAAUCAAAGUCGGGGUGCACAGGUCCGACUUAGUUGGCUGAGAGAGUUGUAUGAUAGUUGUUGUGAAAACGAGCUAUGGGAGUUUGCUGCACGUGCAUAUCUUUUGCACCUUGUAGGGUGCACGAUAUUUGUUAACAAAAGCGCCACCUAUGUUCGUACACAUUAUCUCGAGCUAUUUAGAGAUCUCCCCACAUGUCGUAGAUAUGCUUAG